AUGGCAAUGUUCGAAACUCUCGAGGCGGACAUUGUAGUCAUGCAGGAGACCAAAAUUCAACGCAAAGACCUCAAAGAUGACAUGGUUCUCGUCCCUGGAUGGGAUGUUUUCUUCAGCCUCCCCAAAUACAAGAAAGGAUAUUCCGGCGUCGCGAUAUAUACCCGGAACGCAACCUGCUGCCCCAUCCGCGCCGAGGAGGGCAUCACAGGAAGCCUCCCAACCCCAAACUCCUCCAUCAGCUUCCGCGACCUGCCAGAAGACCAGCAGAUCGGUGGUUACCCGCGCGCGAGCCAGCUGUCCAGCGAAGUAGACGAGGCGACGCUAGACUCGGAAGGCCGGUGCGUCGUCCUCGAGUUCCCUGCCUUCGUCCUCAUCGGCACCUACAGCCCCGCGACGCGCGACUCGUCUCGUGACGACUUCCGGUUGGGCUACCUCAGUGCUCUCGACGCGCGCGUGAGGAACCUUGUCGCGGCCGGGAAGCAGGUCAUCUUGACGGGCGACCUCAAUGUCAUCCGCGAGGAGAUGGACACCUGCAACCUCAGGGAAACGCUCCGCAAGGAGGGCAUGUCGGUCGAGGAGUGGAUGCAAGGGCCGAGCCGACGGUUCAUCAACCAGCUUGUCGUCGGCGGCCAGGUCGCCGGCGAUCGCGACGAAGGAAAAGAGACGCCUGUCCUCCACGACUUGACUCGUAUCUUCCACCCUACCCGGCAGAGCAUGUUCACCUGCUGGGACACAAAGAGAAAUACACGCCCGGCGAACAACGGCAGCCGGAUAGACUACAUCCUGUGUUCGUCGGGUAUCAAGGACUGGUUCACGGAUUCCAACAUUCAGGAGGGGCUGAUGGGAUCUGACCACUGCCCUGUCUACGCAGUCAUGAGUGACGUCGUCACAGCAGAUGGCAAGGAUUCAUCCGUACUGGACUUGAUGAACCCCGACGGCAUGUUCCAAGACGGCAAGCGGCUCAGGGAAUGGUCACCCAAGGACCUGCUUCCCCUAUCCGCAAAGCUCAUCCCCGAGUUCGACCGAAGGCGCAACAUCCGCGACAUGUUCAUGAAGAAGCCUGCCGCAAAGAUAGUACCGACUCCCUUCGAGUCACACAGUCUCCCAACCGAGGACGACGAUCAUGACGUGAACCAGGAGACGCAAGAUCCUGAAGCCUCGCAGGCGGCGACCGAAGAGACACUCGCCGCCUCCCAGGCAUCAAUGCAGUCGAACACUGCUGCAAACUUGCCACCCCCCGCCAGUGCAACCACCAAGCCGACACCCUCAUCACAAAACACCAACCCGAUCGUAAAACGACCAGCCGAAUCAGCAGCAACUACUAAAAGAGCCCUGAAGAAGUCGAAAACCAACGAAUCCGACUCCUCCUCGAGGUCCAACGGCGGUAAGGCCCAAAGCUCCCUCAUGGGCUUCUUCAAGCCCAAGCACCCACCACCCACCCUGGCUUCACCCGCCGAGGCAGAUGCGGCGAGGACCCACCAACCACAAGCAUCCCUCGCGAAGAAUACGGGCGCAGGCCCAGGAGGCGGUAGCGGCGGUAGUGGCCCGACUGGUUCCCUCUCAGGAUUAUCAGAAGCGGGCGGCGGCAAAGGCUCUUCUUCACCGCCCGUUUCUUCUUUUUCUUCUUCUGUGCCACACUCGGUGCCACACUCGACGGCCGCGCCCUCCUCGUCCGCAAAGCCACGUGAGACGACCUCGGAAAAGGUCUUUGACCCCAUCGAGGUCAAGGAGUCUUGGUCCAAGUUCAACCUGGGCAAGAGGGUCGUGCCAAAGUGCGAGCACGGGGAGCCUUGCAUCAGCUUCCAGACCAAGAAGCCCGGGGUCAACUGCGGGCCGUGGCUGAUCAUCCAUACAGGCAGGUCAUUUUUCAUCUGCGCCCGCCCUCUGGGGAAAUCUGGAGAAAAGGAAAAAGGGACGGAGUGGAGAUGUGGUACUUUUAUCUGGAGCAGUGAUUGGAAGAAGAGCCAGUCUCAGACAUCGUAG